AAGCGGUUGAGUAGAAAAGAUUUCCCAUAAAGGUACAGUUUGGACUCAUAGAAAGGAUUGAUCUAAAACCAUAAACCAACGAAAAUGCGAGGUCACGAUCGGAUCAACACGUGUCUACCAGACGAAUUGAUCGUAGAGGUCUUCCGCCUGCUUGAUUCUAAACCCAGCCGUGACGCCUGUUCCCUCGUCUGCAAGCGGUGGCUAGCCCUAGAGCGCCUCAGCCGCACCACACUCCGGGUCGGCGCCACCGGCAGUCCUGACCUCUUCGUCAAGCUCCUUGCCCGUCGAUUCUUCAAUGUUCGUAAUGUUCACAUUGAUGAGCGCUUGAAUAUUACGCUCCCCGUUCAGCUCGGAAGAAGACGCGGGAAUAACAAUAAUGUGGUUUCGUCUCUUCAACUAUAUGCUACUGAGAAAAAUGGGCCUGAAGAUGUUGGAUUUGAGUCAUGUAGUUUAUCUGAUGCUGGGUUGAUUGCCCUUGGCGAAGGCUUUCCGAAACUUGAGAAGCUGAGCUUAAUCUGGUGCUCUAACGUCUCAAGUUCUGGCUUAAUUGCACUCGCCAAGAAGUGCUCAUUUUUAACAGCUUUAGAUUUACAGGGUUGCUAUGUUGGAGAUCAUGGUCUAGCUGCUGUUGGACAGUCUUGUAAGCAGCUUGGGGAUUUAAAUUUGCGAUUUUGUGAGGCCUUAACAGAUACGGGUUUAGUUGAAUUAGCUCUUGGUUGUGGGAAUUCAUUGAAAGCUCUUGGUAUUGCUGCUUGUGCUAAGAUAACUGAUGUCUCACUGGAAGCAGUGGGCGUACAUUGCAAGUCCCUUGAGAUCCUUUCUUUAGAUUCUGAGUUCAUGCACAACAAAGGGGUGCUUGCUGUAGCCCAAGGAUGCCCAUUUUUGAAAGUAUUGAAGCUACAAUGCAUCAAUGUUACUGAUGAGGCAUUGAAAGCUGUAGGCACUUCUUGUGCGUCAUUGGAGUUAUUAGCUCUAUAUAGUUUCCAGAGAUUCACAGAUAAGGGUUUACGUGCCAUUGGGAAUGGAUGUAAGAAGCUAAAAGAUCUCACUCUAAGUGACUGCUAUUUCCUAAGUGACAAGGGUUUGGAAGCUAUUGCCACUGGUUGCAAGCAACUUACUCAUCUUACAGUUAAUGGGUGCCACAAUAUUGGUACUCUGGGACUGGAAUUCAUUGGGAAAUCUUGCUCGCUUCUUACUGAAUUGACUUUGUUGUACUGCCAAAGGAUUAGCAACCGUGCACUUCUCGAGAUUGGAAGGGGUUGCAAGCUCCUACAAGCGCUUGAUUUAGUCGAUUGCUCAAGUAUUGGAGAUGAAGCAAUUUGUUAUAUAGCCAAAGGCUGCAGGAAUUUGAAGAAGCUUCACAUUCGUCGAUGUUAUGAGAUUGGAAACAGAGGAAUUGUAGCUGUUGGAGAGAAUUGCAAGUCCCUGACAGAUCUUAGCCUCCGAUUUUGUGAUAGGGUCGGGGACGAGGCCCUUGUUGCCAUUGGUAAGUGUAACUCCCUACAGUAUCUAAACGUUAGUGGCUGUCAUCAAAUUGGUGAUGCUGGAAUAAUGGCCAUUGCAAGAGGUUGUCCUCAACUUACCUACCUAGACGUGAGUGUUCUCCAGAAUUUGGGGGAUAUGGCAAUGGCUGAGCUAGGAGAAGGGUGUCCUAAUCUGAAAGACAUAGUGCUGUCUCAUUGCCGUCAAAUAACAGAUGUUGGGCUAUCCCAUCUUGUAAAAAACUGCACUUUGCUUGAAUCUUGCCACAUGGUGUAUUGCCCAGGCAUCUCCUCCUCUGGUGUUGCCACGGUGGUCUCAAGCUGUCCCAAUAUAAAGAAAUUGCUUGUUGAGAAGUGGAAGGUUAGCCAGAGGACCAAAAGGAGGGCUGGCUCUAUUAUAUCUUAUCUCUGCGUUGACCUUAUUUAAACUCUGUAAAUUAGUCUUUCACUGACUUUGCUGUUCUUUCAAUCCUGAAAUCCACACACAAAAUCCAUACCGAAACGAGCAACUAACUGAUAAAAUUUUAUGUUUCUUUGUGGUUAUAGUAGUCUGAUUGAUUGUUUGCAAGUUUUUUUUUUCUUUCACCAUUAUAAAAAACAUAUUGAAAUGUGCUUGAUUGUAAAGGAGACUCUGAAAAUUAAAGAAGUAAAUUCUUUUCUUGACCAAUAAA